AUGAUCUACUUGAGGACGUCCGCAAACGAGCUCGAGCGCUCGGGGGGGUCAGAGAAGGGUGACUCACCCAGUGAUCUCUCUGCAUCGAGCUCGAGCUUUACUCUACCCUCUAAGACGUCGUCCCCUCGUGCCGGAACAUGGAAGACGCACGUCAUUAUGAUAGGCGUUCUCCUCACUGCAUCGGCGACAUGCAUUGGCCAUCAUCUCUUCCUAAGCGUGCUCGAUAGGAGAGACAUCGACGACUUCGCUAUAUCGCAAACGUGGGUUCGGGACAUUGGCAACGCCCUAGCAGGAUUGGUCCAGAUGCUCCUGCAAGUGUCUGUCGGUAUUGCCUUGACGCAGAGUAUAUGGCUGUACAUCCGUAGGAACGACGUCACCUUGAAUAACCUCGACGUCCUCUUUUCACUCCCGUCUUACUCCGUUCUUCCGUCCACACUGUUCACAAGCAGCGUGCUCUAUGUUCUCUUCCUGGCUGGAAUCAUACAAACGCUUUCCCUUGUCGGUAUCUUCGCGCCCAACGCACUAUCAGUCGCAUCUGCCGACCCUAUCGAGAUCAGCUUGCGCGUUCCUGACCCGUCGCUCGACCGCAUAGCCGCGACUGCCAGUUCCUACUUCUUUUUGGAAUACAUUGGCGCCAAUUCAACCGAUCAUUCACAAGACUCGCUGCGCUUCAUCUACAUGAAUCCGUCCGCCAGCUUCCAAAGACUUGCCAGAAGCGUUCUGGAUGGCGGCAAUAUUCUAUCUUGGGCUCCACCCCAAGGAUGUGGCCGAAGUUGCAGUUAUGACAUUGCCUUCGGGGGUCCAGUUCUUAGAUGCACGGAUAUCCCCCAAUCUUCCAUAGGCGUGCUCGAUGUGAAUCUCACCAACGCCAUUACCCCCUCUUCGGAUCCUAUCAUGCACCCCGUUGACUCCGACCCAUCCCACUUUUUGGGCACGGCAUACGUCUACAAUGCCACGAGCACAUUCUUGAAUGACACAAGCUUGGCCGGGAAUGCCUAUUACGCGGCCUUGGAGCCACCGCUACACGACACGAAGGCUUUGACCGUCGAUGUCGUUUACGCGACAGACGAGUUCAGUCUGCCGGUUGAUCCGGAGUAUCCCCUCAUUUACCACAACACGACGGGAUUCUCUUGUGGCUUUUUCAACGCCACAUACGCCGCUUCGGUCAGCUACAUGAACGGCAGCCAGACUACCUCUGUUCGUGUUGUGCAGUACGGCGCGCCGCUCGAGACACUGUCCCAGUCAGACGUCCUCGCGGGCAAGAAUGCAUCAGACAUCAAUGGAGCCAGCCCCGAGCUCUUGACCACUUACGCUUCUCUAAGUCUGGUCGGCGCCAUGUCGCAGUACCUUUAUGGAACCCUCAGCUUCGACUUCGACUCCACCAGUUCAUUUCUACUGGUGCCUACGUACACCAGCGUCCUUAGUUCCGUCUUCACUACACAAGCGAGCUUUGAGAAGGACAAUGGUGGGAGCUCCAACACGCUCGCACUUUCCCUCGCUUCGACAUCGUACGAUAACCUAGGCCGACAGCUGGAGGACGCCUGUACAAACUUGACCGCAUCGCUGAUGUCAGACACGGCCAAUCUCGGACUCUACACCGAAGUGCAAGCACUCGUGACACCGGACUUCAACAUGUACAGGUACAAAGCGUCUCGCUUGUGGCUUGUAUAUGGCAUAGCCCUGAUGUGCGCACUUUUGGCCAACCUGUACGGGGCAUUCUGCAUCGUCAGGAACGGCAGAGCAUUGCAGCGCACGUUCUCUUCCAUCGCCGCGGCUGUGCGGAACCGCGAUCUAGACGCGCUCCUCAACGAUACUGGAGAGCCGUUAUCCGUUCACGCAGACAGGGUUUGGUUGCGGUACCGUGCAGGCGGGUUCACGCAAAGCAAGCCGGCUGGUUUUGCGAUUGCCGGGAGUAGCAAAGAUGAAGAGAACAAAGAGAUGUCUGAGACCGUUGCGUUGACCGACGAGCUGGAAGCGCGUUUUUGA